AUGACAGUUGUUACUAGUAGAAACAUUCUCUUCGCGGUUCUCUUUUGUGCACUCAUAUGCGCCACCGCCGCCGGUAGGAAGCUUCUCGUGGGCAAUGCUCAGGAGAGUUCGUCGCUCAAUGACGAGAAGACGAUAUCCGUGGGUUACGGCGGCAUCGGAGGCGGUGGAGGUUUUGGCGGCGGUGGGGGCGGAAGCGGACUGGGCGGAGGUGCAGGAUACGGUUAUGGGGGCGGAGCUGGAGGUGGGUUCGGAACCGGGCUCGGAGGCGGUGGUGGAGGAGGGUUUGGCGGUGGGGACGGUGGUUUUCUUGGUGGCGGUGACGGUGGUUUUCUUGGUGGCGGUUUUGGAGGUGGGUAUGGUGGAGGUGGUGGAGGAGGAAUUGGGGGUGGACUACCUUGA